AUGAUGGAGGACCACGUAUUUGCGGUUGGCCAAGAAUUCCCGGACGUGAAGUCCUUCCGCAACGCGAUCAAGGAGGCCGCAAUUGCCCAGCACUUUGAACUCCGGAUCAUCAAAAGUGAUCUCGUCCGUUACAUAGCCAAAUGCGCGGUUGAUGACUGCCCGUGGCGCGUGCGUGCUGUCAAGCUCCCAAACUCCCCAACCUUCGCCAUACGAAGCCUGGACCCCACACACACAUGUGGAAAAAACGCGCGCGCGUGCCAUCACCAGGCGUCGAUCGACUGGAUUGUGAGCUUCAUAGAUCAAAAUCUUCGUGAGAAUAUGAAUUACAAGCCAAAGGACAUUUUACAAGACGUAUAUAAGCAGUAUGGGAUAACCAUACCAUACAAGCAGGCCUGGCGGGCCAGGGAGCGUGGGCUCCAGGCCAUAUACGGGUCCUCUGAAGAAGGAUACUACUUUCUCCCGGCAUAUUGUGAACAAAUUCGGAAAACAAACCCGGGUAGUAUAGCCGAGGUGUUUACCUCCGGUUCGGAUAAUCGGUUCGAACGUUUGUUCAUCUCUUUUCGGGCUUUGUUAUGCGGGUUUGUUAGAGGUUGUCUCCCGAUUAUCGGUCUUGGUGGGGUUCAGCUCAAGAGCAAGUAUCUCAGCACAUUGCUUUCGGCCACGUCAGUCGAUCCGGACGGUGGGUUGUAUCCCGUGGCCUUUGGUGUGGUCGAUUUGGAAAGUGACGAGAGCUGGAUGUGGUUCCUCUCGGAAUUGAGUAAAGCGCUCGAAACGUGUACUGAAAUCCUGCCGAAUAUUAUUUUAUCCAAAUGGGAAAAGGGAGUGGUGGAUGCCGUGAAGAGAAACUUCCCGGGCUGUUCUCACUAUGUCUGUAUGAAACACUUGAGCGAAAGCAUUAUUCGGGAGUUCAAGAAUCCCCGGCUCGUCCACAUCCUCUGGAAGGCUGCCCAUGCGACUACUGCAAUUGCGUUCAGAGAGAAAAUGGCUGAGCUAAAGGAAAUUUCGAAGGAGGCUGCCGAUUGGCUGGCACAGUACCCGCCUGCCGCUUGGGCUUUGGUUUACUCUGAUGGGACUCGAUACGGCCACUUCUUGUCGAACAAUGACGAGCUAAACCAGUGGGUAAUUGAAGCCCGAGAGCUCCCCGUGAUUCAGGUAGUCGAACAAAUCCACACAAGAUUGAUGGCAGAGUUCGAGGAAAGGCGUGCGAAAUCCGAGUCGUGGUUCUCUGUUCUUUCCCCUUGGGCAGAGAAGCUCGUGGCUGACUCAGCCGCACGAGCUUCGGCUUAUUGGGUGCUCCGGUCAGACGAGUCUGAGUUCGAGGUUCUCUCUGGCGGCGACCGGUCGGAGAUCGUGAACAUAAGGACGUGCUCGUGUUCGUGCCGCGAUUGGCUGCUGUACGGAGUACCUUGCUCACAUGGGGCGGCGGCCAUUUUGUUCUCGAAAAACAACGUUUAUGCCUUCACGGAGAAGUGCUUCACCGUGGCAAGCUACCGUUUGGCUUACGGUGAGGAGAUACAUCCCGUGCCUGUUAAGAUCGAGUGUAGAAGGGAUGGUGGUGGGCCCGGCGUGGAAGGUGAAGCACGGAUUGUGAGGCCGCCUAAGGUAAGGCGACCGCCCGGGCGUCCAGACAAGAAGAGGAUGUGUGUGGAGGAGUUUGGUCGGGAGAAGCACACGGUGCACUGCAGUCGGUGUAAUAGGACGGGACAUUAUAAGUCGACUUGCAAAUUGGGUGUCCAUGGGAGUGUACAAAAAGAUUUAGAAGCUCACCCUCUCGCCCCUGAUCCUGCGAGCCAGCUGGAUGUCCUUGGGCAUGAUCCUCACCCUCUUGGUGUGGAUGGCGCACAGGUUGGUGUCCUCCAACAGUCCGACCAGGUAAGCGCCGCCACGGCCGAGCUCUGGAACCUCAGAUCCGUCUUGAAGUCCUGCGCGAUCUCGGGAUGGUGA